GAGCGCGGCGUCACACCCCAGGUGACAGGACAGGGAAAACGCGAGAGGCGUUGUCUGCCCUAAACAGAGACGGACCUGAGGAUCGGCAGUGGCACCGCUCAGGUGACCCGGCCGCCGGAGCCCGGGACCUCGCACCUGUCACUCUCCAGCUACUCCCCUCCCCCUCGCCCUCCCCGGUCCGCAGGUGCCGAUGGCGGCCGCCGUGCUGACGGACCCGGCGCAGGGGAAAGUGAACUUUGAGGACGUGUUCGUGUACUUCUCCCAGGAGGAGUGGGGGCUCCUUGAUGAGGCUCAGAGGCUCCUGUACCGCGAAGUGAUGCUGGAGAACUUUGCCCUUAUGGCCUCACUGGGUUGUUCGCAUGGAAUGGAGGAGGAGGAGAUACAUUUUGAGCAGAGCGUUUCUGUAAAAGGAAUGUCACAGGUCACGAUUCCUAAGACGAUUCCAUCUUCCCAGAAGGCCCACCCCUGUGAGACAUGUGGCCCGAUCUUGAAAGAUGUUUUGUACUUGGCUGAGCACCAGGAAGCAUACCCUGGGCAAAAACCAUACAUGCGUGUGGCAUGUGGGAAACAACUCUGGUUCAGUGCAAACCUUCACCACCAGAAGCAGCACAGUGGAGAGAAACCCUGCAGAAGGGAUGAGGGUAGGGCCUUUCUUGUGAACGGCUGCUCUGUGCAAUCAUUGGACAUGCCCUUUACCACAGGGGAGGGUUGUAAGGACUUCCCAACUAGCUCAAGCGUGUUCCAGCACCAUUCCCCUCUUAGUAAGUGGAAGCCACAAAGUAACACCAGGUGUGCAGAGGCCUGUCACAGUGGACAAACGCAUUACAAGUGCAAUGAAUGUGGGAAAGCUUUCAGCCGCAAAGACUCACUUGUUCAGCACCAGAGAGUCCACACUGGAGAAAGGCCUUAUGAGUGCAGUGAGUGUGGGAAAACCUUCAGCCGCAAACCCAUACUUGCGCAGCACCAGAGGAUCCACACUGGAGAAAUGCCUUAUGAGUGUGGCAUAUGUGGGAAAGUUUUUAAUCAUAGCUCUAACCUUAUUGUACACCAGAGAGUCCAUACUGGAGCAAGGCCUUACAAAUGCAGUGAAUGUGGGAAAGCCUACAGUCACAAAUCCACACUUGUUCAACAUGAGAGUAUCCACACUGGAGAAAGGCCUUACGAGUGCAGCGAAUGUGGGAAAUACUUUGGUCACAAAUACAGACUCAUUAAGCAUUGGAGUGUUCAUACUGGGGCAAGGCCUUACGAGUGCAUUGCAUGUGGGAAGUUCUUCAGCCAAAGUUCCGACCUUAUUGCACACCAGAGAGUUCACAAUGGCGAAAAGCCGUAUGUGUGCACGGAGUGUGGAAAAGCCUUUAGCCACAAACAUGUGCUUGUUCAGCACCAUAGAAUCCACACUGGAGAAAGACCGUAUAAGUGCAGUGAGUGUGGGAAGGCCUUCAGGCAAAGGGCUUCCCUCAUCAGGCAUUGGAAAGUUCAUGCUGGAGAAAGGCCUUAGGAUAGGGAAUAUGCCGUAGUGGGUGACACCAGAGAGAAGCUCUGAGAGUAGCCUAUGUGAGUAGCCAUCAGCUGGAAGAUGAGUCUCAUACAUUUGAACUCCCACCCUGAGGAGAUUCUUCUGGGUGCCCCCUAUAUGGGAAGGUUUCUGGAGCAAUAUUGCACUUCGUAACAUGCCUUUGUUCACUGUGAGAGGCCUCUGCACACUUGCCAGAAGCAUAUCACUGCCAUUGUCUCUGAAAGAAUCCAUAUGUCUGUGCAACAGCAGGGUGCCACAUUGUGCGUGCUUUG